CCUCACCUUUGGAUAUACUUCUAGACGCCUUGAUUCUAAAGUCAAGACUUGUCUUCACAUCUGAUAUCUAUGGCGCUGAGUUCUAAGACCGUCAAUGGACAAAGAUGAGUGACUCAAUAUUUUUUUCUAUUUAUUUACAAAACAAAUCCGGUUAUCUGGUGAAUGUUUAUUGUGAUUACCCAUAAGAUAAUUCUGAAAAGUAUUUAAUUAUAUUAGGCUUUCUUUCGAUUUUAAUGAAGUAUGUUGGUGCGACGUUUACACACUGUGAAUUAUUUGCUCGCAAAAGUCAUUCCUAAUGAUCUCAAGGGUAGGAAGAAAAGUUCCCAAGAAUGGCUCACUCGCCAGCUGAACGAUCCCUAUGUGGAAAAGGCUAAAAUGAUGAACUAUAGAUGUCGAAGUGCUUUUAAGCUGCUUGAGAUAGACCAGAAAUACAAUUUAAUAAAACCUGGAUUUACAGUUAUCGACUGUGGCGCUGCGCCCGGCUCGUGGUCUCAAAUUGCUGUGAAACAAUCCAACGCUGAUGGAGCGAGCCCAGGGAAGCCGAAAGGUAUGGUAAUAGGAAUCGAUUUGCUUCAAAUAUAUCCAAUUGAGUAUGCUAUAACACUAGGUAACAUGGAUUUCACAAAGCAAGAGCUACAAGAUAAAAUCCAUUCAUUGUUGGGUGAACGUCGUAUCGAUUGUGUUCUUUCUGAUAUGGCACCAAAUGCAACAGGUGUUCGCGCACUUGAUCAUGAAAAUAUUAUCACUCUAUGCUAUUCGGUGCUACGAUUUGCAUUACUAAUGUCCACACCAAACGCUUCUUUGUUGAUGAAAGUCUGGGACAAUGGGGAAGUACCUGUCCUAGAGAAGAACAUUCAGAGAUACUACCAACAUGUUCGACGUAUAAAGCCAAGAGCCAGUCGGAGUGAUUCGGCGGAGAAUUUUAUAUUGGGUCGAGGGUUUGUUGGCAUUAAGCGGUAGUAAGUAAAGCCCAUUAAUAAAGUGUAUAGUAUAAAUGUAAAAACUGAACAUUUUCCGAAAUUUCAAAAAUUUUAAAUUUUCCGAACUUCUAAAAGUUUACGCUCUCGGGCGCAGUAGUAUGUGAGGCGCAAUAAUUUCAUCACAAAGAAGUUUGAAGUAGCUUGUUGAAUACGCCUUCGUCUCUCAAGUGUAUCGAGGUUCAGCAAGCGACAUCUGGUUACAUAUGACGGCAAAUUCCAUGGAUCACGCCAAGGCAGAUGCCUGAGUGCUCUGCGAAUGAAGCGUUUUCGAAUCCGCUCAAUACUGAUGCUCCACACGUGGUGGUAAAACACCCAUACUACCGAUGCGAUUUCUAGAAACGGCCGAACAAAUGAACAACAGAGUUAUUUCAGGCAGUAGGGACCAGUGAAGUCUCUAGAGAUUCUUGAUAUAAACCCAAGCUGACGAUUAGCCUUAGUGAUCAGCGCAGAACGGCGUGCAUUGAAAGUGAGCUUACUACGAGAACUACGCCCAUCUCGUUGACCUGACUGACUCUCUAAGAUCAAAUACUCUAUCGUGUAGUUAAAUAUAAUUGGCUGUAUUUUUCGAUGAAACUCAUGAACACACACUUAGUUAGUUUAUUCAGGCCAACCAACUCACGGACUGGUCAAGCGAGCUCUGUAAUCCUCGAGAUGGGCAGAUAGAUCUUCAAGUUGUAUAGAACUCUCGAACAAACAGCAAACGGAGAUGAAGUGUGAGACUGGAGCUUAGCACGGAGCGUUCAUCCAUGAAGGUAUGAUCUCAGAAGGCGGAAGUACCUUAUAUGGGAUUGACAUGCAACAUUCCAGAAACUUCAUGGAUUCCUACACAAGAUUGUCUGAACACGAAGCACAUAUGAGUUGUAAAGGGCAGCGUUAAAGCUGUGGUAUGCAUUUAUAGCAAGUAGAAAGUUAUAAUUAGUUACAACAGUUCGUCGACGGUACAGUUUGCGUUGACAGGAAUUUGUGUCACGCCGUAAGACGCGAAGAAGUGGAGUGCCCCAAACUGCUCCGAGCCAACAGCAAACGAUUUCGCAAAAGCAUGUCACCGUGCCAUUAACUUCCUUACCAAGGGCACUCCAGCUAUAGUGUAAUUCAGGGGUUGUUCGCCUUUGUUUAGAUCCUCUGAUCCAGACAAUAGGGGGUCGAUUUCAGACCAGCUGCUGAUUGGUCAAUUCUAAAGGGUUACCAAUACUAUUUGAUAAUACUCUUCUACAUAAUAUACUCAUGUUACGUACUCUCACACUAAUGUUCAUGAUAAAGCAUAACAGUAAAUACAAUUUGUUGUGAAAUACAACCAAGCAACCGUUCUCGAUGCCACGGAAGAAGGACGAAUAUUUGAACGGUUGCUAGCCAAAGCAAAAGCUGGAUUCCCCGUGGACACAAAAAUAUAUAUAAAAUAUCAGCUCGAUUACAAUCCAAUCCAUUCAAAAACGGGAUACCUGGUCGUAAAUGUGUCUAUGGGGUCAUUAAUUGGCGCCUCGAAUCGUACUUAUC